AUGGCAUCACAAACUUGUGAUUCAGCUACGUUGGGCGUUGCAAGGCCACUCGAAACGAUAGACGAACCUGAUACAUCCGGACCCCUGAGCAUGAGCUCGUUUUGGCAGCGACUUGAUGACGACGGCGAUGACGAAUCCGUCAUGACGGAUCCGCUCAAUGAGCUGCAGAGACCGCAGAAAGCAAAGGACGACAUUGUCAAGUAUCUGAAAGAGGAGCUUUUCAAACUCAACUUUUAUCGCGCCCAUAUGCUCUAUUUUGUGGUUGUUAUUGCGCUUUCAUCGGUUAUCGUCUAUGUACAGGGGCUUGCUGAUGGACCCGAGAUGCCCGGUGGAGCCCACCUGCACGCUAUGACAACUACAGGCCUCAAUCCGGUCGAUCUUGGCUCACUGUCUGGCUAUCAACAAGCAACCUUUGCCGUCCUCAUGAUGAUUGGCAACAUACCAUUUGUAUCGACAGCCGUGGUUUUGAUCAGGAGAGCUCUUUUUCGCAGAAAGCUAGCAGAUGUCGUAAAGCAUUCGCAUACCAUGCAACGAUUGGUCCGGGAUAUUGAGGAAACCCCUGAAUCGGAUACAUUGGGAAGCAGCAGUGGCAGUGGCAGAAGCCUGCGUCAAAGAACAGGAACCACUCAAAGUCAGACAUCUCAAAGCAAACAGAUGGGCGGCAACGGCUCCUCGACCGUCAAGAUCAAACCAGUAUCGCGUAAACAGGGUUAUUACUACGAAAGGGACUUUGGCUUUUUACCGGCACCAUGGGAAACGCGAUUCGUACGCAACAUGUUUCGUCGCACCAUCGCCGUCUUUGCCACUGAACUAAGACCUGAACACCACGACUACAUCUCGUUCAAGCCGCACCUGGACUCUAGGGGUCGUUUUCGAGAACUGAGUGAGCAGGACCGCAUGGAGCUUGGAGGCGUCGAGUACCGCGCUUUACAAGCUUUGUUGCUUAUUUUGAUCGGUUAUCAAGUCUUUUGGUAUCUACUUGGAGUCACUUUUCUGCUACCGUACGCCUAUCGCGGUAACGUCAAAAACAUACUGAAGGAAUCGCAGCCAGGAGGAAUACAUCCAGGGUGGUGGAGCUUCUUUGCGAGUGUCACUGAGUUUGCGAACGGUGGUCUCAACAUCCUAAACGCCAACUUUAUUCCGUUCAGCGGCAACGCGUAUGUUCUGCUGGUAGCAGGGGCCCUUGCCUUUGCUGGGCAAACUCAGUUUCCGAUCCUACUCCGCGUGACGAUUUGGGGGUUGAAGAAAAUAGCACCCAAAGAGUCACGAGUCAAAAACACGUUGGGCUUCUUAUUACAGCACCCACGACGAUGCUACAUCUACCUCUUUCCCAGUCGCGAAACACUGUACCUGUUCUUCACACAAUUCAUGAUUGACAUGACGGCAUGGCUGUGCUUUGAGAUUUUGAACACUGGUAUGGCGGACGUUGAAGCUCUUCCCACUGGCACGCGCAUCCUGGAUGGGCUUUUCCAAGCCAGUGGGCUACGAACCAGUGGAGCUUAUAUCAUAUCGAUGAGUUCUCUUGCCCCGGCUUGUUUAGUCGGCUAUCUUGUCAUCAUGUACAUAUCGAUCUACCCGAUGACGCUCACGGUGAGGAAGACCAACACGUACGAAGAGAGAUCGCUCGGACUGGAAAGGGGGGCUGGCAGCGCUGCCGGCAUUGCCUCGCACCUACAGAAGCAGCUGACGUACGACAUCUGGUUCCAGUUUUUUGUCUUCUUCUUGAUAUGUUGCAUCGAGCGCCAGCAUUUGGUUGACGGAGAUGCCGGAUUCAGCAUCUUCUCCGUGCUGUUCGAAGUAACUUCGGCGUAUGGAACGGUCGGGCUCAGUGUCGGGGUGCCGGGCCAAUACUACAGCCUAUGUGGUGAGUUUGCCGGCUUGAGCAAAGUAGUGCUGCUCUUGGCCAUGGUACGGGGGAGGCAUCGAGGGCUUCCGUUUGCACUUGACCGAAGCAUCCUACUGCCGGGAGAAGAGCUCAUGCGCCGCAUGGACCAGGAAUACAGCGCAAAGGGCACCGAGGACCCGGAUCAAGAGGCGCAGCUACGGAGCGACAUUGAGAGGAGCGGUGUGAGGGAGGUGCAUGGCGGGCAGGGGGAGCAGGACCCUGAGGAUAGGAGAGCAGCCCAGCCGCACAGCGACAUGGGAGCAGAGUCGGCUUCGUGA